UUUAAAUAUAAAAAGAAAAUCAAACCAUUUGCUAUUGCUGUUGCGCAAUUAGAAAAUGACAGACGUAAAAAAAUGAGGUAGAAUCAAAAGAGUUACUACUUCUCAUUUUCAAACAAGUAUCAGUGUGUUUGAAUGUGAAUGUUUGAAAUAAGUAAAAUAAGCUAAACAAACUAAACUAAAAGAUUAUAGUAAAAAUAAACUCAAAUCACUUUUUUAUUUUAAGUAUUGUUGCUUAUCACUGGAUUCCAAUUAUAUGAUCGAAUUACAAAAAAUUGCGCCAAUAUAAGUUUAAUAUUUGUUUGAAUUUAAUAAUUUAGAAAAGAGUUCAAUCGGGCCAUAUUGUGCUUUUAUUUUGAAAGGUGAGUCGUGAAAAUGCAGUCAAAUUUGGGAGUUGUCUUGUGGACCAAAGGGUUUAAUUUAUCUCUGAAAAGAUUUAUUCUGUAUAAAGUUUUGCUAAGAAUUACUUAAUAACGUUAUUUAAAAAAACAACAAACAAACAAACAAACAAACAAACAAGCAACAACAAAUAUAAGUAAAUAAGCAAACCGGUUCCCGGAAGUUCUUCGAGGUGGCGCCACGUCAGAGCUUUUCCUCUGUCACCGUCAUUUGCAAACAGCACUUCUUUAGUCUUCUGCGCUUUAAUUUAAUUUUCGCCAUGCUCCGGCUGGGACUAAGCUGCUUUCUGCUGCAUGUGGCUUUGGUUUUUGGGACGGAGCUCACAUUUGAACUCCCUGACAACGAUAAGCAGUGCUUCUACGAGGAGUUAUACAAAGAUGUGAAGUUUGACAUAGACUUCCAAGUUAUUUCAGGGGGCAACUAUGACGUGGACUGCUUUGUCACUGAUCCCCACGACAACGUCCUGUACAAUGAAAGGAAAAAGCAGUAUGACAGCUUCUCUCACACCACGGCCAUGGAGGGAGUCUACAAGGUCUGCUUCAGCAAUGAGUUUUCCACUUUCACACAUAAAAUUGUGUACAUGGACUUCCGGCACGGAGAGGAGCAACCUCUCCUGGAUAAAAUGAGCGGGAGUACAGCGUUGACUCAGUUGGAGUCGUCCUGUGUUGCCAUUCAUGAAGUCUUGAAGGUGGUGGCUGACUCGCAGACAUGGUACAGGCUAAGAGAAGCCCAGGACCGCACAAAGGCAGAGCACCUGUUUGAGCGGGUGACGUACUGGUCGAUCGGAGAAACUGUUCUAUUGUUCGUCAUCGGUGUUGGUCAAGUGAUGCUUCUAAAGAGCUUCUUUAGUGAGAGAAAGGGCUCAGUGGCGGCCACCACUUAAUAGUCAUCUUGAUCUUUAGGUAACAUGGGCAUGAACAUUUUCCAAGUGCCAGCUUGCAUUUGGUCAUAAGCACAUAAAGUAGGAUUUUUUUUUCCUGUUAACUGGAUUCAAUAGUUGUUUUUUUUUUGUUGUUGUUUUUUUCUGACUGCUCAAAUACAAUCCUCAAACUUGAAUAACUUUUUCUUAACAAGCAAAAUGUAAAAAAAUUACCACAGUAGUUUUUUUUUUUAAGUAUAGUUCUUAUGUUGUCUUUUAAUAGAAGUGAGACAUGAUUAUUGUCAAAGUUUCACCCCGCAGCCAGAUUCUGUUAAAAACGUGGAAAAUGAAUAAAAACCAAACCAAAGAAAGAUUGUGAAUGUCAGUAGUGAUUGUUUUAAUCUGUGAUCUUAAUUUUGUCGGGGUGCACCGAUUGCAGUUUUCUGGCCAAAUCACUGAUAUUUCCAAAGCCUGGCCUGAUGAUUCAGAUUUUUUUAUUUAUUUUUUAUCUGAUAAAUCACUAAAGAUAGCAAGUCUCUAAGUUGGCAACAGAAGGGUGACUGUUACCAGUCACACAUGUGCAGGUGUGAUCUGAUGGACAGGUCUGUCAGUCCUGUCUCAUGACAGAGCAAAACAAGACAGGAGUUGAUUUUCAGACGUUUGCAGAGGUUGAUAAGAUUGGUUUUGCAACCAAAAUGCAAGAAAUUAAGGCCAAUUUAUCGGUGCACCCUUAUCUAUUUGUGUUCAGUGUUGCAACAAGCUUUGAGAUGAUGUCACAUUGUCUUUUAGAUGUAUUGUUUUUUAUGUUGUUGUGAUGCUUAUUAAUUGUAUUUAAAUGUUUGUCUAGUUUCAACUGCUUGAUUUGUAUGUUUUUGUUUGUCAUGCAAAGAACAAAAAGUAACCAAACAUGGCUUGUCUGUCAUAUUGAGCUGGAAACACAAACUGUUUUGAGAUUAAAGGUGCCAAAGCUGUUCAUUAAAAUUCUCAGAAGGAGCCUUU